AGCGCCUAGGAGUCGCGUGCGCUCGUUGGGUCUCCAAGCUGACCUGGAGGUGAGCGAGCGAGGAGCAGUUACCAUCCUCAUUUACCCCCGGAAGCAGCAGGGUCGGGGAGGCCGAAGUUAGUUAAGAUAGAAGACUUUUGGCGUCAGAAGCAGGAUCUGAAGUAAAGCUUUCAGUGACACCCAGGAGCAGCAGGUGACCAAGCAAGCUUUAAAAGCAUCAACUGGAAUAAUUUGCAUUUAAGAGUUGGUUCAACACCAAGACUUGCUGUUGUGCAAUGACUAACAAUGAAGCAAUAUCAUCCAACCAAGAAAGGCUCUUGUGUUACAAUGGGGAAGUCCUUGUUUUUCAGUUAUCCAAAGGAAAAUCUGCAGAUAAAGAGCCUGCAAAAACACCCAUAUUACAUGUCAGAAGAAUGGUUUUUGACAAAGGAGCAAGCACAUUUGUUCAGAAGUCCACUGGAUUCUUCAGCAUAAAGGAAAAAACUUCUCAUUUUAAAAUUAUGUAUUGCAGCUGUGUAUCAGAUUUCAGAACUGGAAUUAACCUACCUUGUGUUUUGAUACAAAGCAAUAAAAAGGAACACAUUUUCAAAUAUUUUCUACUAUUUCUUCAUAGCAGUAAUAAAUUUGAAAAGCGUUUGAACUUUAAACUAGACCAUGAUUUGAAGGAUGGCAUAAGGGUCUUUAAUGGCCCUUUAGUUUUUUGGAAACAUAUCAAAACAUUCUGCUGUUUCUCUUCCCAAACUGAUGAAGUUAUUAACAUGUCAGUUAAUUUUACCUCUAUUGAAUGGGUAGGAAAGAUUGAAAAUCUAGGCAUAGUUUUAUUGGGACUAAAGGAAUGUUAUUUAUCUGAGGAAGAAUGCACCCAAAAGCCUUCAAAAUCAGGUAAUGCAACUCAGAAUACCAAAUUCUGUGUAUACUCUCUUGAAAAUCAAGAAGUAUUAAGUGAUACAUACAUUAUUCCUCUUGCUUAUAGUAGUUUGGUAACUCACAUCCAUGUCUGUGCAACUGAGAUUAUCAACAACCAGUUAAGAAUGUCUUUGAUUGCCCUUACUCAAAAGAAUCAGAUUAUUUCAUUCCAAAACGGAAUUCCUAAAAGUGUGUGCCAGCUUCCAUUUGGAGAUCCUUGUGCAGUUCAACCUAUGGAUUUAGGUGGAGGAAACCUCUUUUUCAUCAUAUCCUUUGGGUCUAAUGAUGUAUGUGCUGUUUGGGAAAAGAACUUUCAGAUUGCUGCUAAGUGGGGAGGAGUUAGCUCAGUUCUGAUAGAUGACCUUCUUGGUACUGGAACUGAACAAUUACUGUUACUUUAUAAGAAUUCAUUGAACCCAGAGUGCCUGAAUUCAUUUAAAAUAAUAGAUUUUGGCAGCAUGAACUAUUCAAGGGAAUUGCUGGAUAGCAACAAAUACUAUUUAUCUGAAGACUCACAAGAGAAUUGUUACUUGGCGGUUCCACCUCUGGAAAAAAGAUUAAAGGUUGGUUUUGCUUCUAUUUUGGAAUUACAGAAGCAUAUCUUGCUUAAGGAAAAAAUCAUUUCAAAAUCCCAAAAAGCUUUAAUAAACCUGGUUCAAGGGAAAGAUGAUAAUAUAUCAAGUACAGAGGAGAAAUGUCUUGUUCCUCUUAGUGGUAAAGAAGAAACUCCUGUCCAUACCCUUGAAAAGUUACCAGACAAUUUCCAAUAUUCAAAACAGCUAGUAGAGAAGAUAUGGUACCGUGUGAUAGAUGAUAGCUUGGUAGUUGGAGUGAAAACCACAUCUUCUUUGAAGCUGUCUGUGAAUUAUGUGACUUUAUCAUUGUUAAUGGAUCAAACCCAUAGCUCCAGCUUUAGGUCUAUAACAUGUCGAAAUAGGGUGAUUGAGUUGAACCCAGAUUCUUUCUUAUUACCACACUUGAAGACAUAUGAAAUAGAAUCAGAAGCCAAAAGGAUAAAGUUGGCCCUUAACGGUGAUGAAGAGGAAAAUUUUGUUUGUAAACAGUCACCCAAGAAAGAGUGUGCUGUAACAUCAGUUUUGCCACUUUUAGCAUUCAAUAAACUUUCUUGCACUGUGCUAUUACAAAUUAGGGAGAGAGAAAAUGUUAACGAUCCUGAAGAUCAUUAUAUUCUGUGUGGCAGACUUUGUUUAAGUCUAGAAGAUCUUUCAAGUGGAAAAUAUCUACUGACAUUUCCAAAGAAGCCUAUAGGACACUUAGAAGAUCUUUCUGCACUUCUCGCAGCAUUGCACAAAUCUUGUGUUCAAGUCACAUCACCCGACUAUGCCCUAAACUCAGUGAAAGUGUGGCUUUUAAAACACAUGAAAUGUGAAAUAAUUAAAGAAUUUCCAGAAAUGUACUUUUGCAAAAGAUUGGGAAAUUUUUAUGGGACACUCUUUAAUUGGAAACAAAGGACAAAAUUUGAAGGAGUUUUAAUAGUCUAUUCCAGGAGCCAAACAAUUUUGUUCCAGUGCCUUCAUAAUCUCAUCACAAGUCUCCCUAUAGACUGUUUAUUUAAAAAUCUAAAAUUUGGAAAGGAGAAUUUCUUCAUUGAUCAUUUGGCAUUGACUUUGGAGAAGGAAAUGGUUACCCUUGGUUCUUUUUUUACUGCCUUAGCUAAUGCUCAGAGCAACCUUAUGCAGAAAUGUGAAAUAAAUGAAAAGAGUAGUACCACUGUGGAUGCUUUAUCAAACAAAGAGGAAAAAAUCCAUGUGCACAAAAAAGAACUUCAGGGAGAAAAGAAGAAAAUGGGAACUAACCUAAAAGUGAGCCUUUCCCUUUACAGAGAAACAAUUUUGAAAAUAGCUGAAAUUCAGUCAAAAUCAGACUUCAUUGCACAGAAACUGGCCUGUUUAUAGUUCAGUUUGUCUUUAUAUAUAAAUAUGUGUGUGUGUGUGUGUG